AAGGGAACCAACUGACAUCGUGCUUUGUUGUCAUCAAAUAAACAGUCUGCCUACUUCGCUUGCACAGUGAACACAAAUCGAAUACGAAUAGCGAUAAGAAGUGUUUAAACUUCAACAUUAUAAAUUCCACACUUUAAUAAAGUCCAAAAGUUUGUAAAACAGCUACAGAAUGGGAAAGAAAAAAGGAGGAAACAAAAACAAACUUGCCAAAAUGUCCGACGAGGAGCGGGCUCGAUAUUUGCAACAUCGUGCCGAUAUGGAGGAAGAAGCAAGACGCCGGAAACAGCAGCUGAUAGCAACGUUUAUGAAAAACAAGCUGAAAAGGGAGGAUGCUUUCGCACGUCUAAAUCUGGCCAAAAUCAACCAAGAAUGGCGCUCCAUUUUGCGUAACAUCAAGUGCAAAGAGCUAAAGGAGGAAGUGGAAGCGGUGGAGAAAACUUGCACCGAGUGUAUCGAGAACAAGAAUGCCGUCAUCAAGCGUUUGUUGUGUGAUCUGGACGAGUCGGAAGAUUUAUACUCCACCAUGCUGCAUGCGCACAUGGAGCGUGUGGAGAAGAUCAUCCGUAUUCAUAACGAUCGUGUUAACUUUCUCAUGGAGUUGUACGAGUUGGAUAAGAAGGAAAUCAUCGAAAAUUACGAGCGUGAAAUGGAGCUGUACAAAUCAAAAAAGUUCGAACUACAGAAGGACCUUGAGUGUGUAUUUUACGGUCUUGCUGAGAAGGCUCGCACCGAUCGGCUUCGCAACGAGGAGGAACACAUGCUCAAGAAGGACGAGCUGAAGAAUUCGAUGAUACUGAAGCUGGAAAUGAUCACUAAAGAGCGAGAGCGUGAAAUGGAGCGGCUGUGGAAAGAGUUCCAACGGGUGCUAAAUCUUUACCUACGCAACACGGAAGAGUACCGGAAUGAGUACAACACUCUACGCGAUCAAGACUCUAGCGACACGAAGAACAUCCAGGAUCACUACGCCGAAGUUGCCCGACUCAGCGAUCAAAUUGCUGAUCUGCGGCUCAAGCUGGCAACCCUGAAGGAGGAGCAUGAGUUCAACAUGAAACAGAUGCAGAAAAGCAAAGCGGAAUUACAGCACCGCGUACAAAACCUAAAGCAAGAGAUGGAGCUCGGUACGCGACUGGACCAGGAACAGCUAAAAACGCUCGCUGUCUACAGUAAUGACGCCAUCAAACAUCUGCAGGGCAUGCAGAAGAAGGUGAAAUCUAUCUAUCAAAUAGCGAGCUUCUGCAAGAAGUACGAAACCGAAUCGGAAGAUCUGCUACCGUUUGUACAACGUCCCAAGGAGUCCCAGGGAGUACCGUCGGAGCUUCCGAUCGCGGAACGGGCACUCGCCUUACCAUCCACCACCGAUCCGACGAUGGAUUCUUUCAAGCGCGAAGUGUUUGACACGGCUGAGCUGUUUGAAAGUUUCUGGAUGCGAUUCAAUAAGGCACGCAUUGAUGUGGCCUGUCUGCGCGAAGAAAAGCAACAACUCAUCGACCGGAACGAACAGCUGAAGACACAUCUCAAGGACUACCUCAUCACGGUGAAUAUGAACAGUGGUGGGCCGGUAGAGUCGCACGUCGAUCUGCUCACCAAACGUCCGACUUCGAUGAAGAUCGAGAAGCUGGUACGCAUCGACGAGCAGGUGUUGGUGCAGGAAGGGACAAGGAAAACGGUACGAUUCCGAGCCGGUGGACAGCAGAUCGUACAGCGACCCGUAACCUGUAUCGAAGGGAACCUUAGUAAUGCGAUCCGGAACGAGCGACUGCUGGGUGUUCGGGCGAAAUCUUCCGAUAUAUACUCCAUGGUUCGUAAUACGGCAUAAUCGAAUGAUCACAGUGAACUAGUAUUUUGGAAUAGAUAUACGAAUCCACCAAAAAUGUACUCCAAGGAAAUUCCGGAGACGACCCCGGAGGACUAUGUGGAUAAUGAACGUUUCUAACGAACAACUUCGGAGUGGAACACCAAAUUUGGAGUUCAGUGUUGAUCCGGAGAUGAUCCAGAGUUGAUCUGUAGUUCGUAAGAUUUGAAGUUCGUAAGAUUCUGAGUUCGGAAUCAGAGUUAAUUUCUCCUGAAUCGAAAACUUUUCAGGAACCAUUUUGACUCCUUCUGGAGAAUCAUUUUACCUAUCAGCAAAAUAGUACCGAACCAUGAAAGACUUUAUGCGUUAAAGUUUUAUUAAAUAAAAAUCCUUACAACAAUAGUGGGUGUGGAAUGGUGAUUAGUGCUUACAAAAAAAGUAGGACCGUAACAGAAAAAAUAUGCACUCAUACACAAAAAUGAA